AUGGGUGGUGUACAGAAGGCGUUGUUACUGAUUCUCGCUGUUGAACUAACAUUGAGCACCUCACGUGGACAGUUAAUGUGUUACCAUUGUGAUGAUUGCGACUACGCUAUGGUUGAUAUAGUACAAUGUGGUCCUGGCCGUCCAUUGUUGCCAUUUCCGGAUUCUGAACCCACGACUGUUCCUACAACUUCGACCCUUGAACCAGAAACUACAACGAUUACACCUCCUAUAGUUCCAACAAUCGAGCCAGAGACCACGACACAGGUUCCUCCAUCGAUUCCAACGAUCGAGCCAGAGACCACGACACAGGUUCCUCCAUCGAUUCCAACGAUCGAACCGGAGAUCACGACACUGGUUCCUCCAUCGAUUCCAACGAUCGAACCGGAGACCACGACACUGGUUCCUCCAUCGAUUCCAACGAUCGAACCGGAGACCACGACACUGGUUCCUCCAUCGAUUCCAACGAUCGAGCCAGAGACCACGACACUGGUUCCUCCAUCGAUUCCAACGAUCGAACCGGAGAUCACGACACUGGUUCCUCCAUCGAUUCCAACGAUCGAACCGGAGACCACGACACUGGUUCCUCCAUCGAUUCCAACGAUCGAGCCAGAGACCACGACACAGGUUCCUCCAUCGAUUCCAACGAUCGAACCGGAGACCACGACACUGGUUCCUCCAUCGAUUCCAACGAUCGAGCCAGAGACCACGACACUGGUUCCUCCAUCGAUUCCAACGAUCGAGCCGGAGAGUACUACCACCGAACCGGAAACCACUACAAUUAGUACAUCUCCUGGAGGGCCUAUUUUGACACCACCAACUCAUCCAACGUUUGAUCCGAAUCCAACAACCACUACUCCAAAUGGUGGACCAAUUUUGACACCACCGACACACCCAACCCCCUUGGUUCCCAUUGGUUUUGGAAUCGUGCUACCCAUCCAGCCCAACACACCACAGUACGCUUGUCUCUCCGUUCGUCGUGUUGAAAAUAAUCGCAACAUCGUAAGCAGAGGAUGCGCACAACUGAUGCAUAGUGUACACCAAACGUGUGAUAAUGCUACGAAAGGUGGACACCAGAGUUGUGUGGCUUGUGUAUCACAAUUCUAG